ACAAAGUGCUGUUUAGCCAUUAGCCAUUUUCAGUGUGUGUGUCUGCCAUUUUAUCUUUACUCAGCUGAAUAUUUUGGGUUAAUAUUACAAAAUGCUUGCAUCGGGAGUGGGAUCUCUUUUUCUGUUUAAGGCACUAUGCUAGAAUUGAUCAAAGUCCAAUUUCUACUUCAUGUUUCACUUUUCUUGCAAAUGGCUCCAGCAAGUCUGUGUUCAUAUUUGUUUUAGGGAUAUGUACUUAUGAUAAUGAUUUACAAAUACUGACAUUGGUCGGAAUAUGCUCUUGAUACGUAAUCCUGGUUUGAAGUUGAUGUCACUCUGUUUUGUCUGUAAACACAAAUGUAUUUUUGAAUCCCUUUGUCUUAACAGGCAUUUACUAAAAUGUCAUAUUGGAAGGUGUGCUCAAUGGAUGUUGGUUAAUCAACAAAGAUCCUAUCACUUCAGACGAAUGCCUUUCUGGCAUUGUUCCUCUUUCUCUCUCUCUACUGUAGCACACAAACAAGCCUUGAGUUUGCUUCCCGUUUCAAGACUGGAGAGCUAGAGUGUGCUCCAAUCCCAAGAAUUAUGGUAGCAAACUGUACCAUCUUAUCAGUGUGGCGAUCUAAGUUGGAUGUUCCACUCAGCAGGCACCUUGCACGUCGGUCUGAAAAGACUUGAAAGAGAGUUAAGAACAGAAGCAGUUUUUCAGUAACAUGAGGAAGCAAUGAGAAAAAGAGGAAGCCGUCCCAUAUAUAUGCCUGUGCGUCGCCGUAGGAAAGGGCCAACAUGUACUCCAAGGGCACCAAACGCAAGUUCUCUGAUGGUGUGGACAACAAGGCGGUGGCGGCAUCCUAUAGCCUGCAGCGCCAGUCCCUGCUGGACAUGUCCCUGCUCAAGCUGCAGCUGUGCCACAUGCUGGCGGAGCCCAACCUGUGUCGCUCGGUGCUCAUCGCCAACACGGUGCGCCAGAUCCAGGAGGAGAUGUCCCACGACGGCAGCUGGCAGGUGGUCACAGAGGCCUUAGGUGGCUCUGGCCACGGCCCAUCUGACCGCUUGGUGGACACCGAGGUUCUGUGCCAGUCACCGGAGCAGCAGGACGGUGGGCCUAAGCUCUACUCAGUGAUGGGUUACGACGGCUGCCGUGAGGAGGAAGUGGUGACAGACAAGGCACUGUGUUCUGUGGUUGUUGGCGACAGGGCCCCGGCCCUCCUGUUGGGGACCAUUGGCCACUGCUGGGACAGGGGAGAACUGAGAGUGGAGGAUGGGGUCAGCAAAGACUCAGGAACGGGGGGCGAGGAGGGGAUGAGAUCUGGGGAGGGGGCUAAAAUGGCAACAGGGCAGGUGUUUGGGACGUUCGAGAUCAAGAACGGUGCCCCUGGGUCGGACCCGGCACUAGAGGAGCUGUUCUCUGACGUUGAUGCCUCGUAUUAUGACUUGGACACCAUGCUGACAGGCAUGCAGAGUGCCCCCAAGAUGGGGCCUUACGACUUUCUGGACAGCUUGGCCUCCUCACACGGCCCUGUGUCCAACUCCAGCUGUAGAGCCGAUCUCAAUGAACUUGACCACAUUAUGGAGAUCAUUGUGGGCUCAUAGCUUACAGAUUUAAAACUCGAAUACUGUUUCAUUGAUCUUGUGCCACUGCCUUUUUGUCUUGUAUGUGCGAACAUACAAUAUUUACACGCUUUCCUCUGUAUGGAAACUGAGUGAAAUCCAUCUCCGUGCAAUGAAAUGUUCAUCUGAAAAGGUUCACGCUUUCUCAAGUUCACCAUCCUUUUUCUUAUGUAUACUUUCUUUAUGUUUGUAUUUGAGUGUGUUCUCUCUUCUGUUUUUUAUGUAGUUUCUGGUUUAAUUUAUUGUACUUAUUACACUACAUGAAUUCAGAGCAGCACAACAUAUUUACAUGAACUAUACAUAUUUUCUUCAAAAAGAUAUAUAAGAUUAUUAAAACAUUUCUGUAUAAAUAUACACGUAUAUAUUUUUUUACAAGAGAGACCGUCUGGGAAUUGUUCCAGACUGUCUUUUUUUCUAUAUUUCUAAAUACAGAACAAUUGCACAAAAGCUCAGUGUGAUUGGGACUAAUUUACCUGUUGUCUUCCAAAGAUGCAUUGUCGAAAGCAUGAAUUGCGUUCAGUAUGCUCACAAUGUGAUGCACCGUUGUCUUGGUCUAUGGUUUGGUGCUACAGUAUAUGCACCGUGUACAGUAUUCCUUAUAAACACAUUUCCUUCUUGAGCCAUACAGUUCGUUCUUGCACCACGGUUAGCUUAACCUCACAGGCUAGCAUGUGGUGCCAUUUGUUUGCUAUUAGAAAUAACGUAUGUUCUUAUAUUUGUCUCAUUACAAAUGAAGAAUUGUAAUGGGUAUUUUUCUCAUUUUAUGUUAUGACUUUUAGCCUAUUUUAUUUAUUAAGUGCAAACAUAUGGUGGCGUUAAACCUUGGUAAUACUUAAGGUUGUAGAAGCUUUUCAACUUUCUGACAUUAAUUGAUAUUUUGGAAUCAUAAUGAGUUUCCGGACUUUCAUGCAUACUUUUAGUGGAGUAAUUACUUUCUUAUUCAAAACAAACUGAGAACAUGUAAAGAAUUGUGCUAUUCGGCUGACCUAUUCCAACAAAAUAAUGUAUUUUUUUUUAUCGCGUUGAAAGCCUGCACUCAGGCACAAGAUAAUAUUGUGAGUAAACUGAUUGCUGAUUAAACAGACAUGAGGUGGGAGAUCUCACAUUUCUUUUUUAUAAAUAAGUACUGUACAUUUGACAUUCGUGACCAUGAGCUAGAGUAAAUUUAGCAUUUUGUUUUUAUACAAGUAAACUGUAGCAGUUUUUACAAUUUUUAAUAAAGGUUUCAACAUUAUCAUAAUAUGAA